CCAAAAAUGAGUCCUUCCAAAACACCCCAAGUACAUUGUGAUCAAUUAGGAAAUGCCCAACAAACUACAACAAGAAGAUUCCCACAACCAAGAAAUGUUUCUGUUGUGAGGAGCACCUAUAUAAACCUAUUCUCUGCCUACAACAAAAAACCAGUGCAGUACUGCCUCUUCUUUUAGCUGCACUCAACAUAUUAAUCAUUAGCACCAAUACUCUCUCUCUAUAGAUUUCCUUUCUAAUUUAGGAAUCCAUUUUAACAUACUAUAACUAUUCUCUUUUAAAUGGUAGUAAUUAGGUGUGCUAAAAUGGAAUCCCCCAACACCCCAUUUGAUAAUUCACACAACUCUGAAGAAAGGGAAGUAGGAAGAAGAACAGAUAAAAGGAAGCAAAUUGAUGGUGAAGUUAAAGAAUACAAAUCCAAGAACCUUAAGGCUGAGAGAAAUAGGCGUCAAAAACUUAGCGAAAGGCUUCUUCAAUUACGCUCAUUGGUCCCAAACAUAACAAAUGCAAUGAAUCAAAACCCUUCAUUCUUUACAUAAUUUCAUAAAGAAUGAAUUUUUAACCUUUUUUUUUUUAAUUCUAAAAAAGUUUAAAUUCUUGUCUGAUUUCAGAUGACUAAAGAAACCAUAAUCACUGAUGCCAUCACUUACAUUAGGGAGCUACAAAUGAAUGUGGACAACCUAAGUGAGCAGCUUCUUGAAAUGGAGGCAACUCAUGGGGAGGAACCGGAGACAAAAAAUGAAGAGAUUAUUGAUACUGCAGAGGAGAUGGGUAAAUGGGGCAUAGAGCCUGAAGUUCAAGUGGCUCACAUUGGCCCAACUAAGCUUUGGAUAAAAAUAGUCUGCCAAAAGAAAAGAGGUGGAUUAACUAAACUGAUGGAGGCAAUGAAUGUUCUUGGAUUUGAUAUUAAUGACACCAGUGCCACUGCCUCUAAAGGAGCUAUUCUUAUUACUACAUCUGUGGAGGUGGUUCGAGGUGGACUAACUGAAGCUAAUCGAAUCAGAGAGAUCUUACUGGAGAUCAUCCACGGAAUCUACUAGCACCAGCAUGAAAUCCCCUAAUAGCUUAAGUCUCAUU